AUGCUCGUCUUCACAUCCCCCGAAGUGGCCAACCGUGGCUUCGAGCUUUCGCUCGCCCGCCAUGCCCGCAAGCCCAACACCUUCCUCGUCGUCUUCUCUCGCGCAUACGGCAUGGCCUCCUCCCGCACCUACGCCGUCCUCAACGUCUCCACUCCAGCCGCCGCCCCCGCCUCUCUCUCCCCCCAAGGCCGUCCUCUGAUCUGGCUCGACAGCGACCUCGACCGCGACCCGCGCAACCUCGGCCCCUCCAAAGGCGUCCUCGCCGCCCUCCUCGCCGCCGAGCCCCCCGUCGUGCGCGCCACCGGCCGCACGCAGCGCAUGCACGCCGCCGAGGGCGGCGAGCGCGACGCGCACGAGGUCGAGGUCCUGCUCGCCGGCGACCAGCUCGCGCGCUGCUGCUGGUACUGCGGCGCGAGCGAGCUCAACGACGACGUGCGGGAGGGCCGCCGCUUCGAGCGCUGCCCCGGCUCCGCGGACGGCGCCGAGAGCUCGUACCGGUGCCCCACGUGUGCAGAGAAGCCGGCCCUCUCGAGGUGGAUCUCCAGCCUGCUCUCGCCCCCGGCGUGA